AUGUUCAUGAGCAUCAUCAUGAUCACUCACGACGAACAAAACGAGUCGGUCUUGCCGAUCAAUGCUGAAACGCCGCUAGAAGAAUUGGAUCGGUUAAUCGAGAAACAAGUCGCCGAUGAAAGCGCCGAUAACUCUGAGUUUCAAUUCUCUCGAUAUCGACGAACCCUGCCCGAAAAAACUGGCCGACGAUAUUGCGGUCGAGCUCUUAUUCUUAAAUUGAUUGAAGUUUGCAACGGUUGCACUGGUCCAAUUUCGACAAACAAUAACGACAACGACAACGAGAACGACACGGGCAUGACUUUGAGAAAAAAACGAGACGUUCAUGAGCAUCAUCAUGAGCACUCACGACGAACAAAACGAGCCGGUCUCGCCGAGAAAUGCUGUCUGAAGACAUGCACAAUUGAUACUUUCAAGGCGCAUUGUGCUCCAUGC